AUGCAGGCGUAUACUGUAUGCUAGCUAGCUCGGGUGACUUGGCUAGCGGUCAGAAAUUGAAAUUUCUAAAAAUACUGUCAUGAUAAUAAACACUAUAAUACAGGACACGGCGUGAGUUAGAUACAUUGGAAGGAAAAGGCAGAGUGAACGCAACAACCACGAACAGACAGUGAUAUAACCGACUUUCAAGUUGGCUGAUCUUGAGCCUGGCAGCAGAAUGGAGGAGCAGGAGAACAAUCUGAUAGAUGUCACUGUGAAAACUCUGGACUCUCAGAGCAGGAGCUAUACUGUGAGAGCACAGAUCACUGUGAAAGAGUUUAAGGAGCACAUAUCGCCCUCAGUGGGAAUACCCGUCGAUAAGCAGAGGCUGAUCUACCAGGGACGAGUGCUCCAGGAUGAGAAAACUCUGGCAGAAUACAAUGUAAAUGGUAAAGUCAUUCACCUGGUUGAGCGAGCUCCACCCCAGACAACUCAGUCAGGAUCUGGCUCAGGGGGAGUAACCGGGACUUCGGCAGGCCCACAGCCUGGAAGCACCACAACUCCUCAGGCCAUGCCUCAUGGAGCCACACAUGACCGCAAUGCUAAUAGCUACGUCAUGCUCGGUACCCUUAAUCUUCCAGUGAAUGUCAUGGACCCCCAGCAGAUUCAGAUGUCUAUCCAGCAGUUAAUGGCGGGCCUCGGGGAGGGUGUUAGGAAUACACGAGUCGGCAGCAAUAAUGGGAAUAAUGGCUCAGUCAAUGUGAACAUUGAUAUGGAUCAGACCCUGCAGAGUGAGCCCCGGCUGCGGCUGCUCCUGGCUGAAAAUUUGUUGCGAGACACCAUUGCCCUGAUUCAGAGACUGGAGGGACAGCCCAUGGAUGGUUCCUCAGCUCAGGAUUCUGCACCUCCUCCUGCCUCUUCCACCUCAACACCUUCACCUUCUGUCCAGCCCAUGGACACAUCCCCUCCUCCACCGAGCUCACCUCCAUCAUCCUCUAGCUCAUCUCAGACUAAUAAUGCACCCCCUCCUCCUCCUUCAGGACCCAACCACCCCAGCCCUGCAGAAAUGGUCGAGAUGUUAGGAGAGCUAAGAAGAGUAGAGGAGAGGCUCCAGCCGUUCAUCCAAAGAGCUCACUCCAUCCUGGAGGCAGCUACCACUGCUGAUUACAACAAUAAUACACAAGGGAGAGAGGAGGACCAGCAUGUCCUUAACCUGGUGGGAGAAGCACUUCGGCUCUUGGGAAAUGCUCUGGUAGCCCUGAGUGAUUUGCGCUGUAAUUUGUCCAGUGCACCUCCCCGUCACCUGCAUGUGAUCCGGCCCAUGUCUCACUACACGUCCUCUAUUCUGCCACCAGGUGGACUGCAUCAAAUGCCCAUACAGGUUAAUUUGGGGACCACAGUGACAAUGUCAACUAAUGGCAGACCACCAGCUGAGAGUCACCCUCAACCUGCUGAACAAUCAGGGCAGCAAGGGCAAGGACCAACCACGCCACAGCCAGGUAUGGCCAAUCAGCAGACUGGACAGCCAGGGCCCAGAGUGAUACGCAUAAGCCAUCAAACCAUGGAGCCAGUGGUGAUGAUGCAGAUUAACAUUGAUGAUAAUGGAAGCAAUGCCCAAGGGCCUGGACCACAGAAUGCUGCUGGUACCGCACAGCCUGGAACCACUCCUAUGCAGAUACCUGGUUUACCUCCAGAAUUCAUGCAAGCCAUUGUGAAUCAAGUUACUCAACAAGCUAUGGCCAUGGCAACUGCUGCUGGCCAACAUGGACAACAAGCUGCAAGCACUGCCACAGGCCCCACCCCUGCAGGUACAGGCCCUAUUCCCCCUCCCUUUCCCCCUCACCCACAUCAAGCUAGGUUUGUAUUUACCUUGCCACCCUUUACUCACCGCAUGGCAAGUCCUUCCUUCACUACCAGAGGAGCCACCUUCAAUCUGCGAAAUCCUAUGAUGGGCCAGCAUCCAGGCCAGGCCACACCCAUGAAUCCAGCUGCUAUUAAUCAGAUGAUUAGUGGAAUGAUGGGACAGCUCUUUACAGGUGUUUCAGGCCAGACAGCCGGUGAAGCAACUUCCUCCUCCUCUUCUUCCUCCUCAUCCUCUCACACAUUCUCAUUUUCCACCUCAUCUUCCAACUCAUCUUCCUCCUCAUCCUCUUCUUCAUCCUCAGCUUUCCCCUCAGCGUCUGCCACCAGUGCCUCAGGACCCACACACUCCACAAGCACCACUGCAAACACUGCUCCCCAGCCAGGACCACCCCCUGCACCUGCUCAGGGGCCUCCCAUAAUGGGCAACUUGGACCAGCUUCUAGGCUCUGUCUUUGGAGAGGGGGCUGCUGCUGGCCAAGCUCCAGGAGCAAAUCCUUCUGUUACUGUGACAAUGCCAGGAAUACCUGCCUUUCUUCAGGGAGUCACUGACUUCAUACAGGCCUCACAACAGAGCAAUGCUCAGCCCCCCUCAGAUCAACAGUCAGGCCCCACACCUACACCUACUCCUCCAACUGCUGAACCACAAUCUGAACCGGUAGGAGGUGCCGCUGGUGAAGAAGUCCUAAAUACAGAGCUCUUCACUGGGAUAGUGCAGGGGGUCCUAUCCACUAUGAUGGGCUCCCUAGGGGCUCCACACAACAACACUGAGAGUAUUGCUCAGUUUAUUCAGAGACUCUCCCAGACCAGCAACAUUUUCACCCCCAGCACAGGAGAAGCCAUGGGGUUUUUUGGCGACCUGUUGACUCUUGUGUGCCAGAAUUUCUCCAUGGUGGACAUGGUGCUGCUGCUCCAUGGUCAGUCUCAGCCACUAAGUCGUAUCCAGCCCCAGCUAGCCCAGUUCUUCCAAGAACACUAUCUGCAGGGCAGAGAGCCCACUGAGGCCAACAUAGCAGCAGCUGCUGAUAAUCUAAUUGGUGAACUAGAUGAAUAUAUCACAGAGAGUUUUUCAUCAGUCACAGUACGGGAUGGUGUGGACAUCACUCAGACAAACCGGUCAUUUCUAAGACAGCAGCUUACUGACAUUGCCACACACAUUCUUCAAUGCACAGAUAAUACGUUUGGACCACAUUUGCUGCAGUUGUGUAACCGUGCUCUAUUUGAGUGUUUGGCUCUCAAUCUGUUCUGCCUGAGAGGAGAGCAGGCUGCCCUUACUGCAGUCAUAAACAACCGUAUCAGGACCAUGUCAGCAGAGGUAAACCCCAGUGUGGUAAACUGGUUGACCAGUAUGAUGACUAUGAGACUCCAAGUCAUUCUGGAGCACAUCCCAGUCACAGAGGAACAAAUCUUGCACUAUGUUGUCUACACUCAGGGUGAAGAAGCGAGAGAGGCACAGGAGUCCGAAAGUCAUCCAAUGGACAUGGAUGACACUCUGUCUCCUACUCCAGCUACCACAGCUGAGGAGGCCAUGGUAAGCUCCCAGGAAGAAGGUGCAGUUGGAGGUUCAGGUGGAGAGACGGGGGAAGCAGCAGCAGGAGGAGAGGAGCCUGGAGAAGAGGCUGAGGCUUGGGCAGCUGCUUUACCUCCUGACUGGGUGCCUAUCAUCAGGCAGGAUAUAAACAGCCAGAGGAAGAUUAAAACACAGCCUUCUCUAUCUGAUGCAUAUCUACAAGGCAUGCCUGCAAAGCGCAGGAAGACAGCACAGAGUGACAGUCCCCGACUCACACUCUCUGAGGCAGUGAGCCAAGCAGCGAGAACAGUCGGUGUCACACCAGUCACAUCGCCCAGUGCCUUACAGGAAGACCUGGAGAGACCAGAACUACAGGAGGCAUACGCACAACAGAUGAAAAAUGACAUCAAACAACGAGUAAGAGAGGACCCAAAUUUCAGCUGUAGAAGGUUUCCCAACACGCACACGGUCUUCUCCCCAGACUCAUAACCUGCGUGGUUGUUUUUUUUUUUUUUUUUCCUGUCUGCUCCAUGGUCCUCUUUCAUCUGCUGCAUGUGUAUGCUCUUUCUUGUUUUUCUUUAACUGAGUUUAAACAAGAUCCUUCAUUUUGAAACUAGAUUUUAUGCCGUCUUAUUGCUUAUGACUCUAGUACUAAAUUAUUAGACAAGACUGCAUUGUGGAUUGUCCAUGAGCAGGUCUAUGACCGCUUUGCUCCUGUUCAUGAAAGCUGGAAGUUGAAAAGGAAACAAGGAAAAAAAAUGUCAAAUGUGUAAAAAAAAGCAUCAUGUAUAUCCUGCCUUGCCUCACGAGUCACAGCUGUCAUGAUCAGUGCAUUUCAUAUUAUCCUGUCAUGGCAAAGAUCAUUAAAAUGACUACUUCUUUGUCCACACAUUAA